AUGUCUGAUAAGAAAAACCAAAAAAUUGACCUCUCUUAGUUUGAGGGUCCAGAUGGAAUGCAAAAGCUAAUGAAAUUAGCUAUGGAGUUCCAAGAAAAUGAAAAAUAACAAAAAGGAUAAAAAAAGAAUAAAAAAAAAGUAGAUUAAGACUUAGGAGAAGACGGAGAUGCUAAUUCAUAAGCAGAAAAUGACGAUGAUGGUGAUGAUGAUGAAGAGGAAGAAAUUAAGGCAAGGGAAGGCUGUAGUUUAGCAUAUGAUGCUUUGAAUAUUAAAUUUGUAUAAGAAGAGAAUGAUUUGAACCCUUUAUUUAAAAAGAAUAUGCUCUUUAAGCCAAAUUAUGUUCAUCAAAUUUAUGGUUAAGAAGAAGAAAUAGAAGGUUAUGAAGACCUACAAAUUAAUAUUUAUAUGCUUUCAGGCUCUCUCCAUACAUUAGUUGAAUACUCUUAUGGAAAAAAGAUGAAAUAGCAUGAAGAUUUUUUAUAGAAGCUUCGUGAUAAUUGUUUUGUGAGUGAUUUUUGUCUCAAGCGCAAAGAAUUCAAUUAGCAUAUGGCCAAAGAGAAGUCAUUUAAACCAAUUGGAGAUAAAUUCAAAGAAAUAACUGCAAAAAAUGGAGAAAAAUUUGAAAUAUAUUAUUGUAAUACUUAAAAACACCCAGAAUUCUCUGAAUAUAAAAAGCGCAUGCAAGUAUUUGCUAAAUUCUUUAUCGAAGUAGGCUCCUACAUUGAAGAUAAUGAAUAUUGGCAUCACUUCCUUAUUUUCCAUGUUGAUUAGAAUGGAAUGUACACUUUUGCAGGAUUUACAAAUAAAUAUGAAUACAUGUUUAACAUCAAUAAAUCAAGACAUUAAAUUUCUUAGAUUGUAAUUCUUCCUAUCUUCUAAAGAUUAGGCCUUGCUACAGAGCUUUUGAAUUGUCACUAUAAAACUGCCUAAGAAGAUAGUAAGUGUUUAGAAUUAACAGUAGAGGAUCCCUCACCUGAAUUCCAAAUCGUUAGAGAUAUUAUUGAAACUAAAUUAGUCAUUGAUGGAAAGUUUUGGCAAUGGUUUGAAGCUAUUCGCCCAAAAACAAUAAGAGGCAUUCUUUAGCUUGAAGGAAUAUAAAUUAGUCACUAAUAAGAAAUUACCCAAGCUACUAAAAUUCCUAAAUAUUAAAUAUAAAGAAUUUUUGAAAUUCUUAUGCUUAGCAAAUUAGAUUAAUCAAAUAAGUAGGUUAUGGACAGAUAUAGAGGACAUUUUAUCAAAUAUAGAAAAGAUGUUAAUGAAGUCAGAACUCAAAGAAAAGUUCCUUAUAUAAUUUUUGAUAAUAAGGCUGUUAAAAUUGAUGUAUAAGCUAUCAUUGAAUAAAAAAAACAAUUGGAGCCUAAUGAUGCCUUUUAUUUAGAAGAAUAUGAACAAACACUAGAACAAUAUAAUAAUGUAAUUUAAAAACUCAAGAUUUGA